AAACAAUCACUACAGACAACUGACUGACAACCCAAUGGUGCUUUAGAAAGACUGUGUCUAUAUUGGUCUAGCAAUAUCUGCUAUGCUUGUAUUCAGGCUUAAAUUGGGGUUCCUCUCCUGCGAUAACCCAUCCAAACCACUAGGGGAGAACAGAAACAUUCUGGCAGCAAACUAGACUUUCCUUACGUCAUCCAAAUGCGGCAGCUGAAAGGUGGAAUGCGAUUCGUGCUAAAUUGUUUUCGGUUAAAUACAUUAACUUCUGUUUUCAGAUCAAAUGAAACACGAUUUAUGUUAACUGUUGAGAAUAAUUCAUAUUUUACUGGUGAACCCAAGAAAAAGAUGCCACCUCACAAGAAAAACGGGAUACCGGACAGAUGGGAAGACUACCAGGCCGUAGGGAAGAUUAUAUCUGGGACGCGGUUCAUCGCUUUUAAAGUCCCUCUGAAACCGGCGUUUGGUCCAUGGGAGCUGAUGCAGACUAUGGAGAAAGAUGGACAGGAGCUGGGACUGAUUAUAGACCUCACCUUUACUACGCGCUACUACAAACCUGAGGACCUUCCAGACUCUGUGUUCUACCUGAAGAUUUUCACAGCUGGUCAUGAAGUUCCCAGCGACCCCACAAUCCUUAGCUUCAAACGUGCCGUCCGCGGGUUCCUACGAGACAACACACACAACGAUAAGCUGAUCGGAGUACACUGUACUCAUGGGCUCAACAGGACAGGCUACCUGGUCUGUAGGUAUCUGAUAGAUGUAGAUGGGAUUGAUCCUAAAGAGGCUGUGGAGUUGUUUAACUCUUCGCGGGGUCACCCCAUAGAAAGAGAGAACUACCUGAAAGACCUACAGACUGGGCCAAAGAGAAGUAACGAUGGGAUGGAGGAGUCGGAGCAGGAGCCAAUCAGAGGCCGCUCUGGCAGUCGUCAUAACAUUCUCGACUCUCCUGCCCACCACCGCGACAGACAUUACGACAGGCAUGACCACAACCAAUUUGUGCCUCUCCACCAGAGGGGUAUGAACCACCAGACUCAUGGCUUCCCUCCUCCUCUGCCUCCUUAUGGCAUGUGGCCUCCCCACCCUAGCCUUCUCUCCCAUCCUCCUCACUUCAACAACUACCAAUGGAGACCCCCCCCGCCACAGAACAACUGGAGGAGGCCCUACCCACCAGAGGAAGACAGGAGGGGAGGGGAGGACUGGAGGUCAUCCCACCACGAGGGCGAGAGGAGAGUUCACUGCCCUCCCCCUUGCCCUGUUCUCCCCCUUUACUCCCCCAAAGGGUGGACUAAUGAGCCUGAGUGGUCUGCCUCCUCCCUCCCCUCUGAAUAGAUAAGUGGCCCACAGAGGAAAGUCCGCCCACGACACAAACGCAGCAAAGACUGGACUAAAUAGAUGAGGGGGGAGUGCAGUUUGCUUUUUAAAAAUGAAAAGUGAAGCUUCCAGGUGUUUGACUGCUGCAGUUCCACGGGGGCUGAAUAGUUUGAUUUGCUUUUAGAAACAGAUUUUAAUUGAGAGAUGUGUUCGGUUGAGACGGAGAGAAAGGCCUUAGUUCACUUACAUAAAGUGCCUGACUGACUGUUUACUGACUGACUAACCUUGUCCCCAGGCUAUUGUGUAUGUAAGGCUGGUACAUCAACGAUUCAAUGUUGGCCUUACUGGGUAAAGUGGCAUUUUAUUUGAGAGCAUAACACUUGUGAAAGGCGAGGCUCUGCUUGUGGUGUGUUAGCGUAUGGGGGAGGUGUUAUGGGAGAUGAUUGGUUGGUAGAUUUAAGCUGGGUAAGUUCAUGCCUAUGCACCUGGAGUUUCUCCAGGUCUUUCUGUAUUGGCUAACGGAGGCCACGUUCAACACGUUGGUUCUCCAGGCUCUUCGCGCAAUUUGGGUGGAAGUGCCUGGGAAUGAGAUGACUUGACGAUUGAUUUACUGACUGUUGGCUGACUGACUGGUUUCCAUUAGACAUGAGUUGCCAAUGCACUCUCUGUUCCAUGUAUGUAUCAUGUAUUUACAUUUAAGUCAUUUAGCAGACGCUCUUAUCCAGAGUGACUUACAAAUGUACCUUUUUUUAUUUUUUAUUUUAUUUAAAUUUAACUAGGCAA